AUGGUGACUUCAUCCGAUGAGGAGCCUGAUUUGUGUCCUGCAGAUCUUGAAGAAUUAGUUAGCUUAUUGAAAUGCCCACUGGACAAAUUGCAAUUAAUGCUUGAGGCCAAUCAACUACUGGAACAGGUCGCCCUUAAACCUGGUUUUUUGAAAAAGCUGAUGAAAGUUCUAGUGGACGUCAGCAUUGCGCCAAAAGCUCGUGAACGGGCAAUGGCAUACCUAAAACAUCAAAUUCGCUUUCUUUGGACUUCAGAAAAAAAACCUAACCGUCCACAAGCUGUAAUCAGUGAAAGUGAUAAACAGUUAGUUCGGACCACGUUGAUGACAUAUUAUUUUGAAGACCGAGGCUAUGACAGACAAGUCACUGAAAUGGUCGUUGCUCUGAUGACAUCGCUAGAUUUUAAUAAGCAUCAGUGGUCGUAUCUGCCUCCUACGCUAUGCGAAAUCAUUGAUAAAGCGCCUGAAGAUUCAAAAGAAGAAGAACGAUCUUAUUCUUUGGCUUUUCGCUUUCUAUAUCGUUUUUUGCUUGCAAUUGAUCUAAGAAGGCAUGACAGUGAACGAGCAGAUAUGCAACGUUUUUUGCGUACUAUGCAACAAAGAAUGUAUCUUAUAUUUCCAAGAAAUGACGACCUUAUUUCCGAUGGUGGACUUUUUGUACAGAAGUGUAUUUUAAAAGCGUUAUAUGCAAUAUUUAUGACUUGUAUUGACAAGGAAGUGUUUAAAGAAUCGGAACUGUCGGACUGGGUCACAUAUAUGAUCAGGGUUUUAGAACGCGUAGUGGACAUUGAUGAAUAUGAUGAAUUCGUACAAGAACUGUGGUGGAGUUGUAAGAAAUGGUCGGUUCGGACUAUCACUUUUCUCUACACAAAAUAUUUUCACCAUGAUCGUUCUAGAGGGUCGAGUUAUUUUCCAAAAUUUUUUGAAGAUAAUGUUGCCCAACCAGUUUUUGUUGCUUUGAAGGAUUUGCUUCAAAAGUAUGCAAAUUAUGAACUGAGUGAUCCCAGACUGAUAUAUCAUACUUUUGUUUAUUUUUCGAAAGUUGUUUAUCACGAUGGCACAAGAGCGAACUUGAGAAGAGUAAUACAGAAUGUAUGCUUGCCUGCGGUAAUGAGAAGUAUGUUCCCCUCGCCACAGUCAAUUACCUUAUUUAACACUGCCCCAAUAGAAUUCAUUCAAAGGGAAUACGAUGUUUAUCGUUUUCUCAUUGAGGAGUCUUCUCCAGCUGGAGAUUUUUUGAGAGGUUUGUGUCGAAGAUGUGGACAUUUAAAGGGCAGUUACGAUUAUGCCAUAAGAUGUCUUACUGAAUCCCACAUGAAGGAUGACUCUAAAACUGAGGCAGCUCUGAUGCUGCUGGGCUACGUUGGUGAUGUUUAUGCUGAAUCUUGCGUUCCUAUGCAACUUGACGAUAAUUUCACGAACUUAGUAAUCCCUUUGAUGAGAAGAGAGAAAAGUCCUCGUUUACGCUCAAAGGCUUGCUGGACAGUUGGGCGGUAUGCACACGCUAGGCACGCUAGCCCUAAAAUUUAUAGUGACAUUCAAGUUGCCCUUGCGGACAGGAUUCUUCAUGAUGAUAGUACCCCUGUCGUAGUAGAAGCAAUGAUCGCUCAAGAUGCUCUUAUGAAUGACGAUACUCUAAAACUUGGCUUGCAAACGUUGUUCGUCCCUAUGUUUGCCAAAUUUGCUCAAGUUAUUUGCCAAACUUACAUGGAAGAAGUAGUUGCUGCUCUAAGGAAAUUCUUAUAUACAUUUCGUAUCGAUCAUUUCGGGCAACCCCCGGUGCUUGCUGGGCAUUUGGUGUUAGUUUAUAAAGAAUUAAUAAAAGUGGCAAAUGCUGGAGGACCAGAUAUUGUUUGGCCUGCAAUAUCUCGUUUACUCGGUUGCUUUGAAGCUAUUGCUAGUAGGACGCAGGAUUUGGGGAUUGGUUAUCAUGAAGUUGUGAUUCCUUGCGUUAAGGUUGCUAUGGAUGUUUUUAUGAACAAAUAUGCUUUACUUUAUGAAGAGGCGUUCUCAUUGGUAACCGCUACUCUUUAUAUGGAUAUCCUACAGUGUCACUGGGCAGCAUUGUUUUUUGCGUAUCGCUCGGCAAUGCUCUAUGAAGGAUGCAUAUUCCCUAUGAUGACUCCAAUGCUUAGAAAGUUGGUGACAAUUGAUAAAUCGUGGUUGUUAGCCGAGCCAGAACGAUUGCAUUUAAUCUAUCAAUUGGUAAUGCGCACUCUUCGAGAUCCUGAUCAAACUUCAUCAGCACAUGUUUAUGCUGCCAAGCUGUUAGAAUGUGUUGUUAUCGAAUACAGUGGUCGAUUAAAUCACUGUAUCGCCUACUUUGCCGAGGACUGCUUGAGGUUGCAGAAGCAGUGCUAUUUCGAUAACAAUGCUCAAAUAAUGAUUGCUGUGUUGUUAAUUGCGUGUCUAACCGAAAGUCCUCAGUUAAUGUUAACCAAGUUUCCGAAAUGGGGGGAAUUGGUUAAAGAUGGAUUACAUUACUUGGCUGAUUUUUUGCUGGCAUCUUCCUGUGACUUUCAUGGUGUGCACGACCGACGAAUGCAUAUUGCUGGUUGGGUGUUUCUGUGGCGUUGCCCACCGGAAUACAGACCAAAAAUUGUUGUUGACCAGUCAACAAAGAUCAUGGAAUGCAUCAUGAAUGUCUUUGAAGGUUUAGAAAGGGCUCGUCGAAGACAGCUGAUUGAGUUCAAGAAUGCAUGUUGCGGCAACGUUUCAGAUAGUGAUGGGUUUGCUUCUGUCGAAGAGGAUUUUCAGGACGCAGCGGAUGAAAACGAGGAGAAAAGGCACUGGUCAAAAAAGGAAAUCAAAGGGAAUUCUGAAGAUGAUGACAAAAGUUUGCUGGAAGAUAAAUUUCAUUUUGUAGUUGACUAUGAAUCUACCUUCGACGAAUAUAGUUUGCUCAGCGGGGCAUUCAAUCGUCUGGCAAGAGAAGAUCGUGAACUCCUUGCAAAGCUCAGUGAUUCUUCUGGUAUGGGAGAACAUCAAAGAAUGAUAUUUGAUAAAAUCAAGAAAAAUGUUUGUUAUAUUGUAAUAUUUUUUUCUGAUGACAAAGUUGUAUCAUUGUUAUUAUCCAUCACUGCUCUGGUUGAUUCUGAUGAUUUUGUUGUUUUGCAUUUUGAUGUUUUCUUACAUUUACCACUGGAUGUCUUCGGUUUCGUUCGUAGUUUGUUUACUCGAAGUCCAUUUGUUAUAUUUGAAUUUAUUCUCGUUGAGAUUCCAGUGCCGAUUUUGAGUCAAAAUGCUAAGAAAGGUGGAUUGGCAAAAAAAGUUUUUGAGGUCUUGGCAGUGGAGAUGGACGAUUUUGCUGCAGUUCGUAAUGUCUCGAAUGAUCUCGCAAGUGCUGCUCAGUUGACAUUAUUUCUGUUGUUGUUCGAUGGCUUUAAAACUAGAGAGAAUACCAAUUCGGAAAGAAUUGCUACGUCGAAUCUAGGGUCGAAAUUACAGUUUGAUGACGUCCUACUUACAUAA